AUGGCCCUAUUCCAGACUUCGAUCCUUCUCGGGUUGCUAACUCUCGGUCAGAGCAUAUUCAUUCCUCCAAGUCUAAUUGGACAGUUGCCGGUUGGAGUGGUAUCUUAUGAACUAAACAACACUUCCACAUUCCCGAACCGGGAUCUCAUGGUAUCCAUCUUCUACCCGGCUCUGGAAUCCGAAUACCAAAAACAUCGGCUACAAGCCGACUUGCCCCUCGUCUUCGCCAAUGAUUACUCCGAUAGCUGGCUCGGCUUGCCCCAAAAUGCCUCCGCGUCUGUAAUCCAACAUGCCUACAACUCUCCACAGAUUGCAUCCUCUGGCUUUCCCGUCCUCUUCUUCUCUCCAGGAUAUGGUGCCGGGCGCCUAUAUUACAAUGGUGCUGCGCAAAACCUCGCCUCUCAAGGUUAUAUAGUAGUCUCCAUGGAUCAUCCAAACGACACGGAUUUUAUUGUAUAUCCCGAUGGCCGGACAGCGACUUUCAACGAGUCGACUGAUGACCGGACAGAGACAGACGUCGUACUGCUACGAGUUUCGGAUAACUUAUUUGUCCUAGAUCAUCUUGAGCAGAGUGCACCAAUGCUCAACGAUACCCGUUUCGUCGCCGGCAUCAACAUGGACGGUCCAGCUACCGAGCCAGUCGGGUCCGCUGGGCUAGAUCGGCCAUUCUUGUUGAUGGGUCAACAAGCUCAUGCGCUGAACUCGUCUUUUGAUCCUACUUGGACGACCUUUUACAGUAACUUGCGCGGCUGGAAACUGGCGAUGAUCGUGAAUCAAACCAUACAUCAUCAUUUCUGUGAUUCAUUGUAUUUUUUGGAGCAGUUGAGUGCAGAUGGGUAUCCGGAGGGUGAAGGGUACUUGAAUGGAACCUAUAUGUUUGGGUUAGAAAGUGCAUAUACUGCGAACUUCUUUGAUAAGUGGAUGAAGGGGGGGGAGGGCGAGCUGUUUUAUGGGCUAAGUGCGCAAUGGCCGGAAGUGACUUUCGACGGAUGA